UUCAGUCUCUCGAUAAACGCGCGAGAGUAGGCGAGCGAGUCAGACGUGCGCAGACAUACACAGAAGAGUACGCACAUGUGACACAUAACUGCAUUUGGAAGCAGAAUGUCUGUGAAUGCGCCCAGCAGCAGUGAUGCAUGUUUAAGCAUCGUUCACAGCCUGAUGUGCCACCGCCAGGGAGGAGAGAAUGAGAGCUUUGCCAAACGUGCCAUAGAAAGCCUGGUAAAGAAACUCAAAGAGAAAAGAGAUGAGCUCGACUCCCUCAUCACUGCUAUCACCACAAAUGGAGUCCAUCCAAGCAAGUGUGUCACCAUACAAAGAACGCUGGACGGACGUUUGCAGGUGGCUGGGCGGAAGGGUUUCCCUCAUGUCAUAUACACUCGUCUGUGGCGAUGGCCGGACCUUCACAAGAAUGAACUCAAGCAUGUCAAGUUCUGUCAGUAUGCUUUCGAUCUGAAGUACGAUAACGUGUGUGUCAACCCCUACCACUAUGAGCGUGUGGUGUCCCCUGGGAUUGUGGGAUUCAGUUUGCCAAACACAGGCAGGCUGAUAAAAGAAGAGCACAUACAUAACUGCAUCCAGAUGGCGGGUCCGUCAAGUAUGACCUUACAGCAAGACCAUCAUCCUCCAGAUCACUACAGCCCACAGCCUCUGAGACUGAUGUCCCCAGAGCCGUCCCAGCGGACCACUUCCUCGGUCACACUCUACCCCAGUCUGCCCCUCUCUCCAGCCUCAAGUGCAUCCAGGUUGUCAAUGCAGGCGGAACACCCUGAGGCACUGUUGCAGAUCGCCUCACCAGCAGGACGGGCCUUGACCUCCAGCUCUCCACCUUCCACCCUAACACAUAGUCAUGCACCCACACACAGCCAGCCUUCGUCCCAGCAGCCCUCCGUCAGCCAGAGUGAAUACAGCACCUCCAAGCACACACAGACACAGGGAUCUUACCACACAACAACCUGGACGGGGAACAGCACAGCCUCCUAUACUCCUGCUGGACCACAGCAGAAUGGGCGGAGUCAUCAGCAAGCCCCUCCCCCUCGUACUAGCCACUUCUGGUCUCAGCAUCACACACCAGCCUCAUACCCUCAACCAGUCUCCAACCAUCCAGGCCCAGAGUUCUGGUGCUCAAUCUCUUACUUCGAGAUGGACGUGCAGGUCGGGGAGAUGUUUAAGGUUCUAGCCAAUUGUCCUGUGGUGACAGUGGAUGGAUAUGUGGACCCUUCGGGUGGGGACCGCUUUUGUUUGGGUCAGCUUAGCAAUGUUCACAGAACUGAUGCCAGCGAGAGGGCACGGCUUCACAUUGGUAAAGGUGUUCAGCUGGAGUGCCGUGGGGAGGGGGACGUGUGGAUGCGUUGCCUCAGUGACCAUGCUGUAUUCGUGCAAAGUUACUACUUGGACAGAGAGGCAGGGAGAGCGCCAGGGGAUGCCGUUCACAAGAUCUACCCAGGAGCCCUCAUUAAGGUGUUUGAUCUUCGUCAGUGUCACAGGCAGAUGCAGCAGCAAGCGGCGACUGCACAGGCAGCUGUGGCUGCGCAGGCUGCAGCAGUGGCUGGGAACAUCCUGGGGCCUGGCAGUGUUGGAGGCAUCGCUCCAGCCAUCAGUCUGUCUGCGGCAGCUGGGAUAGGUGUUGAUGACCUGCGGUGUUUGUGUAUCCUGCGGCUUAGUUUUGUAAAGGGCUGGGGACCGGACUACCCUCGACAGACCAUCAAACAGACACCGUGCUGGGUGGAAGUUCAUCUACACCGUGCCCUGCAGCUGCUAGACGAGGUCCUGCACACCCUGCCCCUCGCUGACCCCGGACCUGCCAACUGACCCACAGACUGCAAAAUAUUCAAGCCCUGUCACAAAAACAGCGAGGAUGACCGACGGAGAGAAAGAGAGAGACACAUACACCUUCGCAGGCAAACAGUGACUCAUAGUACCACAUACACACAUAAGCCUUCACACACACAAUCUUUCCACAGCCUUGGCCAGCAAUGUGCCUCUGAACUGACCAGUGUUUAGUCCACUCUCGGGUGCUGUUGACUUGGUUGUCACGGUAACACAGACCAAAGGCCCUACUGAUGAGUUCACACUAAUGGAGGUCCAAAAGAGGUGAAAGUAUGUUGGUUAAGAGGGAGAGAAAGAUCCAUAUAGCUAAAAAUAUAACACAGGUAUGCUUAAUCCUCAGAGACCCAAGCAUUGAGAUUAAUUAUGUUUUUCAUCCUUUAGGAAGCCAUUAGUUAUAAAUACCAUUUCAUUUAGCAAAAUUUACAUUGGGGUGUAAUUUAAAACAAAAUGUUGCAAAAAUGGAAUGCUGGGCUUUUAGCGUUGCAAAAAUUCACUACUAUUUUUCAAAACGCAUCGUGAAAGUUUUGAAUUGACGACAAUCUAGCACACAAAUGUUUUUGAAAAAUAAUGUAUUUUAACCAGUGAGGUUAAGAAGUUAAAGAAUUUACUGUAAUAUUUACAUCAAAGUGUGCAGUAAUGUAAUGCCAGUUUAAUAUAAUUGAAUAUAUUUUGUACUAUUAAUUGAAUGGUCACCAAUUUAAGUAUGGUUUCAAAUUUAUGUACAUUCAAUAUAUUAAUUUCAGUGUUAUCUACUGUUAUGUUUUUUUUUCUCUUACAUUUUUUUAAAAUUGGGUAUUAUUAAUUGCUUUAUACGAACAUUGCAGUUCUGCUCGGUCUCUGAGUGUUAAAGCUCUGACUUAUCUUAGUUCCUUUAGUGGCAGCUUAUCGGAAUGCUGAGUGCAGACAGGACGUCCAGGAACAAAUGCAUUUAAAACCAGCUAACAGAGAGGAUAGAAAAUGUGCUGUAUAAUACAAGCCAGUACAUUUUAUCUGACAAAUCUUGAAACGAGACCAAAGACUCAAGUGAGAUCAAAGAAUCUGCAGUUUUAAUGACAAUCGACUUAUGAAUACCAUAAUAGUUUAUAAUUAAGUGACGCAGAGAUAAAAGUUGGGAUUUUUGUCUGCUAGGCUAUACAUGAUGGUUAUUAAACAGUCAGUGCUGAGCUAUGUGCCAAAACUGUCUUGACACUUACAUUCAUGCUGAAACCUUAAUAAGCCGUGACACUGAGACAGAAGUGAGGACACCUAGUGGUUAUUUCAAGUAGUGCAUUCACUCAUACACAGCCUUGCAUUUUAGACAUGGGUUGCCUGACAUGUUUAAGCUUUAUAUAUUACGAAUUGUAUUUACGGUAAUUUAAGGAUUCUGUGAGAGGAUGUGCUAUAUUGUGAAUAUGUUCAUGACAAAAGGGGGGAGUUAGGCAGGAUGCCUCCAAGAGAUGGGUUUCCAAAAUUAAUUUCCAGGACCCUUAACCAGCACUGCUUUAGCUGUGACUAUAUUCAGAAUACAGCAUGCAUUUAUUGCUUCCAUACAGCAGUCACUACAAAAUAAAAAUAUUAAUAUCCUAAAUUCAUUAAGCAUUCAUCUGCUGAAAGAUACACCUGGCAUAACAUAACAAUCAUUGGGAAAAACUUUUCUUGGUACUUAUAGCACCCCUCUGGCCUUAUGGGAUAGCAAAGGGUCCAUGGGUUGCUUAGUUCACAAUCUAAGAGGUCAGGAAUUUUUUGAAAUUUUUGUGAGAUGAACCCGUUUAACCUGAAAUAUUUACUUGAAGUACCCUCUGAGAUUGUAGGUUAAUAUUUCAAUUAUUUAAGAACACAUUUGCUUGUUCACGGUUUUCUGUUAUAGCAGUUAAUGGUCACACGACAUGCAAGUAAACAAAUAAAAUA